AUGUCAUACAGCGCUUUGCUUGUUGACCUGGUGACGGAUUUAGGUGGCUGCGGCCGCUCCCAACGGAUCACAGCUUUUGUGGGAUUGGGCGCAAAGAUUGGGGCCGCCUGGAGCAUGCUGCACAUGACAUUUAACGGUCAACGGUCGGAUUUCCGUUGCGAAUACUCGCACAUCAUGCAAUUAAAUACGACAUUGCUUUUUGACAACAAAUGCCACAUUGAAAACGACACUACUGGUCAUGACUGGAAACACAUCCAUCUAGCAUCUGCAGGCAUUGUGGCCCCAUUUCUAGUCUCGUUUUUAUUCAUGCACGAAAGUGUGCGAUGGCUUAUAACAAAAGGUCGUUAUUUCGCUGCCGACCACGUGAUCAAACGAAUUGCCCGGAUGAACAAGAAGCCGAACCCGAACACGCGCAAACUCAUAGAAGUGGCUACACUGCACUCACACAGCGACAACUCGAAGGAUACCCACUCCGUAAUUGACUUGUUUAGAGAAAGAAGAAUGGGGCAGAUUACUUUAGGUCUCCUCUUCAUAUGGAUGACCAUCGGCUUCUCUUACUGCGGCCUCACGUUCGGGGUGGGCAGCCUGGCCGGAAACCUUUACAUGAACUUGUUCCUCCUAAACAUUAUUGAGACGCCAGCUGCCUUCAUCAUCAUGUACUGCGUUAACAGAUUCGGCCGAAAGAAGUGUCUGAUGGCGACGUUCCUGUUAACGACUUUAUGUGGGGUAACUGUCGGCAUCUUGCAGUAUAUAGACAUACCGCAUCGCGGCCUUGUCACAAACGUGUUUGCUCUAGCUUCCAAGCUUGGCAUAGCUGUCGGAUGGAGUUGCCUCAUUUUAUAUACAACAGAGCUCUAUCCCACUAAAGUCAGAACGAUAGCGUAUGGUAUAGGCAACACGGCGGCAGGUGUCGGUGGUAUGGUGGCUCCACAGAUUGUGUUCUUGAACGACUCGGUGCCUGGCGUGAUGUAUUUCAUGUGUGCCGCCUUACUUCUCUUCUCCACUGUCGUCUGCUGCAUGUUUCCGGACACGAGCGGCAAAGAGCUCGAUGACACGGUCACUUCCGAGAAGAACGUCUUAACCAUAGCGACCGUUCUCAAAAGCAGCCAAGUCAAAACGGACAAUACUAUUCAACCGUACCAGGACGUUGGACAAACAGAUCUCAAAUACUGA